CGAGAUACGGCGACAACGCUACAGGUAAAUUUCCAGUGAAGCUUGUCCUAAUGAUGGUGGGGUUCGCUAGCCUAACCUCCGGUGACGUUCCGCGCUUGCGGGUUACCGAAGAUACUGGAGCUUGUGGGCUCAUAACAAACAUUGGGUAGUUUGCAACGAUUUUCGAUUUAAAUUAUACAUAGCUCUAAUUGGUCCAGCAAAGGGCACUGAGGGAUACUGACGCUGAUCAUAACGCGGGACGCCGAGCAAUUUGAGUUCUCAUGAGCGAAAUGGAGGCCGUCACGAAGAAGCUGGAGCUUACCCGUCACCAAGUCUCGAGCAUGCCACCUUCCACGAUUUAUAUCCCCGACUUCAUCACUCCUGAGGAGGAGGAGCAGCUACUCAAUAAAAUCCGUACAGCGCCCCUUCCACGUUGGGCUCAGCUUUCUCGACGUCGACUGCAGACCUGGCCGUCCAGUCUCAGCUCUUCUAAUACACUGCUUGCCGCACCGCUGCCGGCUUGGCUUCAUGAUCCCAUUAUUCCUAGACUAGAAUCUCAGACGGGAAUCUUUAUGGAUAGUCCCCACGGUGCUCCAAACCACGUUUUGAUCAAUGAGUACGCGCCAGGACAAGGCAUUAUGCCACAUGAAGAUGGUGCCGCUUAUCAUCCCGUUGUUGCAACUGUUUCCCUCGGUGCUGCAAUUGUACUGGAUAUCUACCAAAAAAGGGAAACAGGGGAACGAGAAAUUGAGCCGACAUAUAGGAUUCUACAAGAGCCUCGGAGUCUUUUGAUUACUACUGAUGAAAUGUAUACGAAGCAUCUACACGGCAUUCAAGAAAUCACAGCGGACCGAGACCUCGGUCCAAAGACAAUCAGCAAUUGGGAUUUGCUGGGUCACCAGAUUGCCUUUACAGACGGCCAGAACGAGAGGCAAGUGCGGACUAGUUUGACUUAUCGAGACGUGCUCAAGGUGUCGAAGUUAGGUAGUAAAAUGAAAAUUUUUGGCAACCGUUAAACUGUUCCGAAAAUGACC